CCAUAUACAGCCAACACUGAUAAACCAUGAGUAACGAAUGAGAGAAGCCACAAUGUGGAAAAGGACCUACAGCAGCAGUACAAGCGCAACGCGCGUGCUCACAGACAAGAAAUGGGACGCACUUGUGAUCGGAGGCGGCCACAACGGCUUGACAGCUGCCGCCUACCUUUCUCGCGGCGGCCUCUCCGUAGCUGUCCUGGAGCGGCGACACGUCAUCGGUGGCGCAGCUGUUACGGAAGAACUUAUUCCAGGCUUUAAGUUCUCUCGUUGCAGCUACCUGCAAAGCCUCCUCCGGCCGUCCGUCAUCAAGGAGCUAGAGCUAGCGAGACAUGGACUGAAGUUGUUGAAGAGAAAUCCUUCAUCGUUCUCGCCUUGUCUCGACGGACGGUACCUUCUAUUGGGGCCUGAUAAGGAGCUUAACCGGUCAGAGAUUUCAAAAUUCUCAGAACGAGAUGCAGAUGAAUAUCCUAGAUAUGAGAAUCAACUAGAGAACUUCUGCAAAUUUAUGGAUCCACUUUUGGAUUUACCUCCUCCUGAAUCUUUGCAAGCUGUCUCAUCUUUCAAUGAUAGAUUCAAAGAUAAAAUCCAUAAGUCAGCCUUUUGGGCUCAUUGUCUGCGGCAAGCUCUCUCCAUGGGCCAAAAGGAUAUGCUGGACUUUGUGAACCUUUUACUAUCUCCAGCUUCCAAGGUCUUGAAUAAGUGGUUUGAGACAGAUAUUCUAAAGGCAAUGUUAGCAACAGAUGCAGUCAUAGGGACCACGGGUAGUGUCCACACACCAGGGAGUGGAUAUGUGCUGCUACAUCACGUAAUGGGAGAGACUCAAGGAGAUCGUGGAGUUUGGUCAUAUGUCGAAGGUGGCAUGGGCUCAGUGUCAUUGUCUAUCAGUAAUGCUGCAAAAGAAGCUGGCGCUCAUAUUGUGACAAGUAGUGAGGUUUCAGAAUUAAUGGUAGCGGAAUCUGGUGCAGUGAAUGGGGUCUUGCUAGCUGAUGGAACAAGAGUGCACUCUUCAGUUGUAUUGUCAAAUGCUACCCCUUACAAAACUUUCAUGGAGUUAGUUCCUAGUAAUGUCCUUCCCGAUGAUUUUAUUCGAGAGCUGAAGUACACUGACUAUAGCUCUGCAACAACUAAAAUAAAUUUAGCUGUUGAUAAAUUGCCACAAUUUCAAUGUUGCAAUAACAGUAAUCCCCAUGCCGGUCCUCAUCAUAGGGGCACUAUUCAUAUUGGUUCAGAGAGCAUGGAGGACAUUCAUUUGGCUUGCCAAGAAGCUGCCAAUGGAAUACCAUCAAGAAGACCAGUCAUAGAGAUGACUAUUCCUUCAGUACUGGACAAGACCAUUUCUCCACCUGGUAAGCAUGUGAUUAACUUGUUUGUACAAUAUACACCCUAUAAACCAUCAGAUGGCAGUUGGGAUGAGCCAGCUUAUAGGGAAAAAUUUGCACAAAGAUGCUUUUCCUUGAUUGAGGAGUACGCCCCUGGCUUCACCUCAUCAAUCAUCGGUUAUGACAUGUUGACCCCACCAGACCUUGAAAGGGAGAUUGGUCUUACAGGAGGCAAUAUUUUUCAUGGUGCUAUGGGAUUGGACUCUCUCUUCCUCUUGCGACCAGUAAAAGAAUGGUCAAAAUAUAGGACUCCACUCCAUGGGUUGUACUUGUGUGGAAGUGGGACUCACCCAGGGGGUGGUGUCAUGGGCGCUCCUGGACGUAAUGCUGCACAAAUUGUUCUUCAAGAUCUCAAAAGGAGUUAAAACGAUGUGCAUGAGAAUGAAACAACACCCUAAGGUACGCCACUCUCGGGAUAGCACUUGUGUACAAGUGUGGCCCAUCCACAGGUAAUGCUGAUAGGUUUUCCUGGACUAAUGCUUUGCAGGCUUCUUAUUGAUGGCUUAUUUUUGCACAAAAACGUGCAACCGCCCCCACUUAGGAUUCCUACUUGCGUUCCCAUUUUAAUUUAUUCCCAGUAGAAUGUGAAUCUUAGCUUGGAUAAUCCAUGUUUCCCAUAUAUCAGUAAUCAGUCCGCCCACAUGCAAGUA